CCCCCAAAGCCCCAACUACCACUUCUCCCUUUCUCAUUCUUCUUCAUCAUCCUCUCUUCCUCUUCUCUUAGUAUGUUUAUGCGAUUUCCAUAUUUUCACCAACUCUCGUUUUGUUUUUUAUGAUGAUCCAUUUCACAGUCUUUGAUCCAAAUUAGGAGGAAAAAAAAAAGAAAGAGUGAAACAUGGAGGGCUCUGCAGGAAUUGGAGUCGGAUUCAUGGCGGUGUUCGCUGUCUCAGGGAGUGCAGUCCUUAUUGCACUGCAACUCCACAAGCGCCUCCUUUCUGAUUUCAUGAAGAAGAUUGAGUCAGAAAUUGGUGGUUCCGGAAAUUACCAGGCGAAGAAAAAGGUCAGGUUUGCGGAAACGGUGGUGGAACCAUCCUCUAAUAACAAAGAAUACCGACUGAAACACACCGCGAAGGCCGCGAGAGCUGGCGGAGUUGCAUCAAUGAAAAAGAUGGAGGACCCCAUGCCCCUCAACAGGCGUAUUCUGUACAAAGGGAUUAUAGAGUAUAAAGCCCUCAGAGGCCACUGUGUGUCAAAUUGAUUGUAGCUCCUCUCAUGUAUAUUUUUGUUUUUGUUUUCGCGUAUUGGUGAGGUCUCCUUCCUCCAAAUGUAUGUAUGCAUAUGCAUGAUCUGUGUUCAUCAAAAAGGUUGACGAAGAUUUUGUUGUUUGAUUGGCGCAAGUUCUUUAAGAAUAAAAAAAAAAAAAAUUGGUGAGAAAUUUUGAUAUA